UGGGAUCAUUUGGUAAUUUCGUGGGGUUGUUAAGUCGUUUCCGUUGUCCCUCAUUUGCCAUGGUAUGAGCGUUUUUUGUCGUAGUUUAAGGAUUUCUAGCAAAAAAACGUUUUUUCUUAAUAUCAGGAAUGUAGCACGUAACAUACCAGCCCAAUACUCGGUGGCAUUAUGCACAAUAGUUCACAAAGAAACUAAUUUUCCACGGGUUUUUGUUAAUAAAUUUUCGUCGGACGCGGCAAGUAACACAGACGACUUGUUGGCUGAUCCUUACAAAAUUUUGGAGUUGGAUCCAGGAGCCUCUGCCAAAGAGAUAAGAAAUGCGUACAUCAACUUGUCUAAACAAAAUCAUCCUGAUAAUAAUCCAGCGGAUGAGCAGGCAAAAGAGCAAUUUAUUCUGAUAAAUAAUGCCUACCGAAAGAUAAUGGAAACACUGGAGAAACACAAAGACGCAGAUUUGAAAGAUGAUCAAAUGGACAAAGCCUACGAUUUUACAAUUUCACCUGCUGGGGUUGAAACAGAGGAAACACAACCCCAAGUCUCAUCUGAUUGGUUGAUGAUUAAAAAAGUUGCAGCCCUGUUUUUCUUUCUAUUUAUAUUUAUUCAAUAUUUCAGAGAUCCAUUACUUGAUCGAGCAACUUUAUAUUAUAAAGAAAAUUAUGGUCCAACCAGGGAAGAUUUGAAUCACCAGAUGAAGGAGAAAUUGAGAAAUACUAUAAUUGAAAAACACAAGGAACAGGAAGAAGCGAAAAGAAUUAUGCAGGAUGCACAAUCCUUCAAGCGCCACAAUUGACGAAUUUAUAUAGAUGUUAUAAAAGUUUAAUAAAUUGACUAGAAAAUAAAUACUUCUUCGUAUAAGUAGCUUGAAAAA